UACUUAUUAUUUUUGUACGAAUAAUAAAAUUAUUCAGAUUCUUUAAAAAUAUGUGCAUGAUGACUAUGUUUAUCAAGAAAUUUGCUAGUUAUUUGAUAUUCGGAAAAAUAUCACUAGGUUAUAAAGAACAUGAGAUUUUGGAAAUGAAACAUAUAACUGAAGAUUUAAUCGUUGAUUUAACUGGUACUAAGACUUCAAAGUUGAAGAUAUGUCGUGAGAAACCGGUUUGUCAAAAAUAUUACUCUUUUGAAGCAAUUUUUCAUUUAGAACUUGAUGAGGAUGAGACGCAAUGUGAAAUUAGUGAUUUCAAUGAAAAACAUACAAAUCAUAUUUUUCAAGUGAAACGUGAAAAAGGAUUAAUGAUUUCUGAAGACGAAUCUUUAAGUAAAAAACUUAAGUAUAGUUAAAAACUUAAAAUCUAAAACAAAAUUAAAGAUUUUGCAGUCCAAGGCAUCAAUUCCCGUAGUAAAAAAUUCAGCUUCCGCUUAAUGGUUCGUAUAAAAAACAUUACAUAUAUCACUCGGGGGUGGCCAAUAUGAACGUGUACACGAUCCAGGUGGACAAAAAAUACAAUUAUAUCAACAGCCAAAAUGUUUAUAAAUACAUUUUACAAUUCGAUAACUUUUUAUAGAAUUUGUUGUUUUUCCAUUGUGAAAUCGGCCGAUAUACACAUCAAAGUGUAAGAAAGCAUAUGAAUAUCGAGGAAGAACUCUUGUAAAAAUAGCCAUCCUUCUUCGUACAUUAUCCAUGCUCCUAGAUCAAUAAAUUAACGAAUUUAUUUAGCGUCCAGAUUAGAUAUAUAGUUACGUUGUUUACAUAUUUAUUAUUUUCAUAUUAUACCUAUAUCAUAUUGUUGUCAAUUAUUAUCGUAAAUACAUGUUUAUAUUAGUUAUA